UUAUGUACAUCUAGACAUCUACAGUGGGUUGAACAGUAACUUAAACCGCCAGCACCACAGGCUAGAAUCUCGCUACAGCAGCAGCUCGGGAGGAUCAUAUGAAGAGGAAAAAAGUGAUUCAAUGCCUCUGUAUUCAAACUGGCGUUUGAAGGUGAUGGAGCACAAUCAAGGAGAGCCUCUACCUUUCCCACCUUCUGGAGGUUGCUGGUCACCAUUGGUGGAUUACUUGCCUGAAACUUCUCCUCCAGGCAUGUCACUUCACAGAUGCAAUAUAGCAGUGAUUCUUUUGACUGACUUGAUAGUUGACCACAGUGUAAAGGUGGAAUGGGGAGGAUACUUGCAUCUUUUGCUUCAUGCAAUUUUUAUAGGUUUUGACCACUGUCACCCUGAAGUCUAUGAGCACUGUAAACGACUCCUUUUGCAUCUACUGAUAGUGAUGGGAUCUGGCAGUAAUGUCCAGUCUGUUGCUUCUGUCCUACUCAGAAACAGAGAGUUCAAUGAGUCCAGGGUGCUUACUGUCAAGCAAAGUGCCCAUUUAGAUUAUACUUUCACAGCAGGUGUUCAUGAUUUUAUACCGGAUUACCAGCCCUCCCCAAUGACAGACUCAGGGCUUAGUUCAAGUUCUACCUCUUCUAGCAUCAGUUUAGGAAAUACAAGUGCUGCCAUUUCUCAACUGCACACCACAAUCCUCAAUGAGGUUGACAUUUCAGUAGAGCAGGAUGAAAAAGUGAAAACUCUCAUAGAAUUUAUUACCUCAAGGAAAAGGGGCCCACUUUGGAAUCAUGAAGAUGUUUCGGCCAAGAACCCUAAUAUAAAGAGUGCUGAACAGUUAACUGUGUUUUUAAAGCAUGUGGUAUCUAUAUUUAAACAGUCUAGCUCAGGAGGGUAUCAGUUGGAACACCGUCUCAGUGAAGUCGCGUUGCAAACUGCUCUUUCCUGCUCCUCUCGACAUUAUGCUGGGAGGUCCUUUCAGAUUUUCAGGGCUCUGAAGCAGCCUCUCACUGCAUCUACACUUUCUGAUGUGCUCUCCAGACUAGUAGAAACUGUUGGAGAUGCAGGAGAAGAAGCUCAGGGUUUUGUCAUAGAACUGCUUCUGACUCUAGAGUCUGCUAUUGAUACAUUGGCUGAAACCAUGAAGCAUUAUGAUCUGCUUUCUGCCCUUUCUCAAACCUCAUAUCAUGAUUCUGUAAUGGGAAACAAGUAUGCAGCUAAUAGGAAAAGCACUGGACAGAUAAAUCUAAGCACAAGUCCCAUUAAUAGUGGCAGUUGUUUGGGACACUACAGCAAUACAAGGAGUAAUUCUUUGAGACUGAAUUUAAUCAGCGAGCGUAGAGGCGACCGGCGACGGAGCAACACACUGGAUAUAAUGGAUGGAAGGAUAAAUCAUGGUGGAAGUUUGGCCAGGACUAGAAGCCUUUCCUCCCUUAGAGAGGGAGGGAUGUAUGAUGUGCAGCCUACUACUGACCCUGUCAACUUGAUGGCCACCAUAUUUUGGAUUGCAGCUUCGUUGCUGGAGUCAGAUUACGAGUAUGAAUACCUUCUGGCUCUCAAGCUACUCAACAAGCUUCUUAUUCACAUGCCUCUGGAUAAAUUAGAGAGUCGGGAAAAGAUAGAAAAGGUGCAGGAUAAACUGAAAUGGAAUAACUUUCCAGGCCUUCAGCAGCUUUUCCUGAAAGGUUUUACUUCAGCAUCUACACAAGAAAUGACAGUUCAUCUCCUCAGUAAACUCAUCACAAUUUCCCGGCAUGCCUUGGUGGAUCCUUCUCAGUUAGCAGGAUUUCCCCUAAACAUCUUGUGCCUACUUCCUCAUCUGAUCCAACAUUUUGAUAACCCAACCCAGUUUUGUAAAGAAACAGCUGACAGGAUAGCAAAGGUUUGUGCAGAGGAGAAGUCACCAACUCUUGCCAAUCUGGCUCAUAUGAUGAGUUUAUAUAGCACACACAGUUACUCCAGAGACUGUUCUAACUGGAUUAAUGUAGUGUGUAGAUACUUGCAUGACUCCUUCUCAGAUGCCACAUUUAACCUCGUAACUUAUCUUGCAGAGCUGUUAGAGAAAGGGCUAUCGAGCAUGCAACAGUCCUUGCUACAGAUCAUUUACAGUCUUCUGAGUCAUAUUGACCUCUCCACAGCACCAGUGAAGCAGUUUAAUUUGGAAAUCAUAAAAGUUAUUGGUAAAUAUGUUCAGAGUCCAUAUUGGAAGGAAGCCCUUAAUAUUUUGAAACUGGUGGUGUCUCGCUCAGCAAGCCUUGUUGUGCCUAAUGAUAUUCCAAAGUCUUAUGGAGGUGACAUAGGUUCUCCUGAAAUCUCUUUCACAAAAAUUUUUAAUAAUGUCUCCAAGGAGCUGCCUGGGAAGACCUUAGAUUUUCAUUUUGAUAUCUCAGAGACCCCAAUUAUUGGGAAUAAGUAUGGUGAUCAACACAGUGCAGCUGGUAGAAAUGGGAAGCCAAAAGUCAUUGCUGUCACCCGGAGCACUUCUUCAACUUCAUCAGGCUCCAAUUCAAAUGCACUAGUUCCUGUCAGCUGGAAGAGACCACAGCUAUCUCAGAGGAGGACUAGGGAGAAGCUAAUGAAUGUGCUUUCUCUGUGUGGUCCAGAAUCUGGACUUCCCAAGAAUCCUUCGGUCGUGUUUUCUUCUAAUGAAGACUUGGAAGUUGGAGAUCAACAAACGAGUCUAAUUUCAGCAACAGAAGAAGUGAUUCAAGAGGAGGAAGUGGCUGUAGAAGACAAUACUAGUGAACAACAAUUUGGAGUUUUUAAAGACUUUGACUUUUUAGAUGUUGAAUUGGAAGAUGCAGAGGGUGAAAGCAUGGACAACUUCAACUGGGGCGUUCGUAGACGCUCUCUUGACAGUAUUGACAAAGGAGACACACCAUCCCUUCAGGAAUGUCAGUACUCUGGUAGCACACCCAGCUUGAACUUGACCAACCAGGAAGAUACUGAUGAGUCUUCAGAAGAAGAAGCAGCACUGACUGCAAGUCAGAUACUGUCUCGUUCACAGAUGUUAAUCAGUGAUUCUACCAUAGAUGAAACAGUAUCAGAUCAUGCUGGUUUAUCACUUCAGUCUCAAGACUCCACUAGCAGUGUGGGAACAGAAGAGGUGCUUCAAAUCAGAACUGAGACCCCCAGUUUGGAGGCUUCUUCUCUAGAUAACUCUAGCAACCAGCUGCCUGAGGAAGGCAGUUCAGCAGUACGGGAUGAACAGAUCAGCACUGCUAGUGAAGACACUGGGUCAUAUCUGCUACAUGAACAACAAGACUGUCUGGUCUGUCAGGAAUCUCUGGAGUUGGAAGAGACCCCAGAACUCGUGGAAGCAGCAGCUCCUGAAAGCUAUUCUGAAUCUGUCUGUGAAGAGGAUGUCACUCUUGCUUUGAAAGAACUAGAUGAGAGAUGUGAAGAAGAAGAAGCUGACUUCUCUGGUCUGUCCAGCCAAGAUGAAGAAGAGCAGGAUGGUUUCCCAGAAGUACAGACUUCCCCACCUCCUUCCCCAUUUCUUUCUGCCAUAUUGGCAGCUUUCCAGCCAGUGGCAUAUGAUGAUGAAGAGCAAGCCUGGCGCUGCCACGUCAAUCAGAUGCUGUCAGAUACAGAUGGAUCUUGUGCUGUCUAUACAUUUCACGUCUUUUCAAGGUUGUUUCAGACCAUUCAAAGAAAGUUUGUAUCUAUAACAAAUGAUUCUGUCAGCUUCCUUGGUGAAAGUCUACAGCGCAUUGGAACAAAAUUUAAAAGUUCUCUGGAAGUGAUGAUGUUAUGUUCAGAAUGUCCAACGGUCUUUGUGGAUGCGGAAACGCUAUUGUCCUGUGGCCUGUUAGAAACAUUGAAGUUCAGUGUUCUAGAGCUCCAAGAACACUUGGAUACCUAUAAUGUCAAAAGAGAGGCAGCAGAACAGUGGCUAGAAGACUGCAAAAGAACAUUUGGUACUGAUGAUGGUAUUCAUGGCACUAACACAGAUGCCCAGCAAAUGGAAAUUCUAGCAGAGCUGGAGUUGUGUCGGAGGCUAUACAAGUUGCAUUUCCAGCUGCUGCUUCUGUUCCAAGCCUAUUGCAAACUCAUCAGUCAAGUAAAAACAAUCAAAAAAGAAGCAGAGGUCAUAAACAUGUCUGAAGAACUUGCUCUUUUGGAGAGCUGCCUGAAAGAGGCCGAGGCUGUGUCUGACAGUGGUAUUGAAGAAAUUGAAAUUGCAGAGGCUUCCCAAGCUAGCACAGAAACAGCUAUUCACGCUCUCAUUGAAACCCUGAGAAACAAGGAGUUUGUGUCAGCUGUAGCACAGGUCAAAGCUUUCAGAUCAAUUUGGCCCCACGACAUCUUUGGCAGCUCUGAAGAUGACCCAGUUCAGACAUUGCUGCACAUAUAUUUCCGUCAUCAGACACUUGGCCAAACUGGGAGCUUUGCAGUUGUAGGCUCCAACCAAGACAUGUCUGAGGCCAGCUCAAAGCUGAUGGAACUGAAUCUAGAAAUUCGAGAGUCUCUACGCAUGGUGCAAUCCUAUCAGCUUCUAGGGAAGAUCAAACCAGGAAUAAACUUUGUGCGCACUGGAUUCUGAACCCGUCAUUUAGAAAAGAACUGAUGGUGAAGACACUUCAGAGCACCUUUCAUGAAAACAUAAAAACAAACCUCCAGCAAUCCUGACAACCAACACAGUUUUAUCACAGCAAGAAACUAUUUCCUCAAAAGUAAAAAAUCUGAAAAUUGAACAUCCUACCUGACUGCUCUUUCUACACAGCAGCCUGUGUGGCAGUAGUAUUUUUUUAUUAAAUUUAUCUAUAAAAACUACAUGAAAGGAAAAGGGCUUAAAUGUAAUGCAUAUGUAUGCAUUAUUUUCUGUCGUAACAGAA